AUGAACCUAGAACCAUAUAUCCCUUCCUUUGCUCUCAGAAAGGAGUUGCCCAAAAACGAUGUUCAUGCCGACCGUGUUGUCGUGGUUCAGCCCGACUCGAGCAUUGACGUUGACAUCAUGACAGUUCCAAUAACGUUCGCUGAACUUUACACAUCGGCGAGCGAUGGAGAUGUGACUAAGGUGCGCAAGAUACUUGAUGCGAAGGCCGACCCGAACGCCUCGGACCGCACUGGGCAGCGACCUCUGCUAGUUGCCGCUGCUGAGGGCCACGUUGAUGUAUGCCGAACUCUGGGUGAGAGGGGGGCCGAUGUGAUGGCGACUAACUCUCUCGGGGCGACAGCGCUAGCUCUCGCUGUCACUGCCGGGCAUGCGCGUACUGUCGAGGCGUUGUUGAGGCUAGGAGCCGAUGUCAACUGUAGAGACAUCUGGCUGGACACUCCCUUGACAACAGCUUGUCGGAGGUGCCAUCCUCUGUCUCUCGUGGAACUCCUCGUGGACUCGGGUGCUGACCCAUCGCUGAAGAAUAGGUUAGUCUAG